CCCCUCUCUCUCUCUCUCUCUCAGCUCUGUGCCGAUGGACGAGCCUGAAUCCACACUGGUCUCGGUUCCUGUUCUGACCGGGGAGAAACGACCCUUCCCUGAAGCGGAUCCGGAUCCGGCUGCCAAGAGAGUCAGAGUCGAGGAAGAGGAGGAGGAGAGCAGAGGAAGAGAAGAGGAGGAAGAGCAUCAGGAUGAGGAAGAGGAGCCGUGUGAUGAAGAGGAGGAGGAGGAGAGUUUCGCUGACAUGAUGAAGCACGGUCUCAGUGAGGCAGACGUGGGGAUUCACAAGUUCAUCAGCGAACACACCGGCUUCUCUGGCAUCCUGAAAGAGAGGUACUCAGACUUCGUUGUCCAUGAGAUCAGUAAAGACGGGAAGAUGGUUCGCUUGGAUGAUUUGUGUGUUCCUGCAGAUGUCGAGGAAUCCUCUCCGGAUCUCAGUUUGGCCGAGUGUCAGACUCUGACAGAAGAGCAGAAGCAGAAGCUGACGGAGCUCCAGCUCUUCAAGAACAAAGAGGGAACCGUGGCCAUUGAGGUGCAGGAGGACUCGAAGGAGAAGCGCACUCUCCUGCACAGAGCUGUGAAGCUGCUGUUUCCUGGCCUGGAGACCAAGACUGAGGACCGGGAGGGCAAGAAGUUCAUCGUGGCGUAUCAUGCAGCGGGUCAGAGAGCGCUGGCAGCCCCUCGAAAGCAUUCGUGGCCGAAGAACCGCGGCAGUUUCUGCCAUUUCGUUCUCUAUAAGGAGAACAAGGAUACCAUGGAGGCCAUCAACCUCCUCUCCAAGUUCCUCAGGGUUAGGCCCAACAUGUUCUCCUACAUGGGCACCAAAGACAAGAGGGCCAUCACAGUGCAGGAGAUCGCCGUGCUGAAAAUCAGCGCUGAGAGAUUAUCUCACCUCAACAAAUGCCUCAUGAACCUGAAGCUGGGAAACUUCAGCUACAAGAAACAUCCAUUAAAACUGGGAGAGCUGCAGGGAAACCACUUCACGGUGGUGCUCAGGAAUAUCUCCGGCUCUCUGGAGCAGGUCGAGCAGGCGAUGACAUCACUCAGAGAAACCGGCUUCAUUAAUUACUACGGCAUGCAGCGCUUCGGGACCACAGCUGUUCCCACACACCGGGUCGGCAGGGCUAUACUGCAGAACAACUGGAAGGAAGUGAUGGAUCUGAUCCUGAAGCCUCGUCCUGGAGCGGAGAAGGGUUAUCUGGUGAAGUGUCGGCAGGAGUGGGCUCUCACACACGACCCAGAGGCGGCCCUGAAGAAGCUGCCGGUCAAGCGCUGCGUCGAGGGCCAGUUCCUGCGAGGCCUCGUCAAAUACGGCAAGAACAACAUCGUCACAGCCUUCGGACUGAUCCCUCGCAACAACAGGCUGAUGUACAUCCACAGUUACCAGAGUUACGUGUGGAACUCUAUGGUCAGCAGACGUGUGGAGGCCUAUGGGCUGACAGCUGUGGAGGGAGAUCUGAUCCUCAGAGGAGGCUCUGCUCAUGUUCUGUCAGCUGACGAGGCAGAGAAACACUCUAUUCAUGAUGUUGUGAUGCCACUGCCCGGGUUCGACGUGAUCUACCCCACUCACAGCGUGGGUCGAGGAUACGGAGAUAUGCUGAGCGCUGACGAUCUGGACAUCCAGAAUAUGAGGCACAAAGUUCGUGAUUAUUCUCUGGCCGGCGCGUACCGUAAACUCCUCAUUCGCCCCAGUGACGUCAGCUGGGAGCUGAUUCAGUACGAUGAUCCGCGAGUGCCUCUCGUUCUCUCAGAUGUGGAGAAACUAGAAAACACUCCAGCUCCAGUCUACCUCAAAGAAGGGAAAUAUCGGGCGCUGAAGAUGGAGUUUUCUCUGCCGUCCUCCACUUACGCCACGAUGGCCGUCAGAGAAGUGCUGAAGAUGGACACCAGCAUCAAGAAUCAGACUCGGCUCAACACCAGCUGGCUGAACUGACCGUCACACACACACAGAGCUGGCUGAACUGACAGUCACACACACUUUCACCAGCUUUAGUCCUUCAGUUUAUUGGUGAUGAACACUUCGCCACGUUGUGUGUGUAAUUUUGACAGUGAAGAAGCAACACAGUUUUUCAGUUUCUCAGUUUUAGUGUUGUUUUUUUUUAAAGCUGUGCAGGACUGUGAAGACAUUCAUUACAUGUAUUUUCAGAACUUCAGCAUAAACUAAACAUUGAGCAGUAAAUUAACAUAUUCCAGUUGUUGUGAGAUUCAUUUGAUGAUUUAUUAUUGUAAAAUGUUCUAUUUCUGCUGAAAACUGAUUUUUUCAGUGUAAAUAUUUGAAUCUGAAUAAAUGAAUCUGCCUGA